AGACCACACUGAGGACUAGUUUCACUGCAGUGUUAGAGCUAUCAUAGACUCAAACGCUCCGGAACACUACAGAAAUACAGCAAGGUAGCACAAAGGAUCAUAUCUCAUCAUCUCCCACCAUGUGCCGAGAACUGGAAUCACUGCCUAUCACAUGUCUGGAGAGGUACGUUUUGUCAUAUAUCUCUACUAUUUCUUCCAUCUCAUUAUAUGUCACUGGAAUUGGGUUACAUUUUGGAUUUACAUUGAUGGGAAUUAUUAUUAAGCUACUUCAUGGGGAAAUUGGAUGAUCAGUUGUAAGUAAGAUGUGAAUGAUUGCAUCAAUUUAAAUGUAAAUGGUUUCUCUGUUUUCACAGGGCAAAGGAACUCAAAGCUCUCUUUAGAAGCUUUCUACAGAAGCCAGAUCUGAGCAUCAUCGAUCACUCACACAAGACUAACAAAUUAAGGUAAGAUAUUCUAGCUAAGAAUAUUCAAUUUCUUUAUAGAUUUUUAAACUUGAUCUAAAUUGAAUUGUGAUAAAAUGUUGCAUCUGAAAUUAAAAAUACUUUAGGAUACUAUGUUAAAUAAAUGCUAACAUAUAUUUUAAUGACUGGGUGAACUAACCUGACACUUUUUAUCAACAGGUUAAAUAUGGACGAGCCCUUAAAAUGGAGGCAGUCGUUUGAGAACUUGCUGUCCAACCAACGUAAGUCUGAUUAUUGAUAUGGGUUAUCAUACUGAUCACUUAUCUUACUUCAAAUGAUAUACGGAUGUAGGAUCUUAAUUUGAUCACCCUGUCGUUGCAGGAUUAUUAUUAUUUUUUUUAUAAAGUUUGUAAUUUCCGCUUUAAAAUGUCAGACUUGAUUUGGCCUAACUAAACGUGUAUCAACCCCUUCCAUUAAUUCACAUCUCCUGCUGCUGCAGGAUUAUUUUCCUGCUGUGAGAAACUGGUCAAAUUAAGAUCCUGCAUCUGUAGCAUACUUAAUUGGUCAUACUAUACAAGCUCAGAAGUACAUAUUGUGUAUUGCAAAAGUGGAUUCCCCAUAUAGCCAGAAUAAAUGGCCUAAAGAGCAGUAGCAGGAUGCACUCAUAAUAUAAAAUUAAAAUACAUUAUUUCAUACUUAAACACUAUAGGAAAUCCAGCUUUUUCCAAAUAUCAAAAAUGGACACAAUUGAAAGUGAAUUUCAUAUUUUCUUUUCCAGAUGGACUGUGCUUGUUCAGAGCUUUCCUGGUGUCAGAGUUUAGCGAGGAGAACAUAGCUUUCUACCUGGCCUGUGAAGACUACAGGAUAACCAAGCCCUCCUCAAAGCUAUCCGCUAAGGCUAAGAAGAUCUAUGAGGAGUUUGUCUGCAGUGACGCACCAAGAGAGGUAAAUAUCAAUAUACAGUAUAAAUAUAAUGAAUAAAUUAUUCUAACUACAGAUUAUGUUUGAAUACAUGGAUUGGAUGUACCCUGCAUAAACAUAUGCGCCCACACACACACACACACACACACACACACACACACACACACACACACACACACACACACACACACACACACACACACACACACACACACACACACACACACACAUACACACACACACAAUUUACUAAUUGUACAUGAACAAUACUCAAUAACACUUUGUUUAAUUAAAACACAUAUUAAUCAAAUUGCCCUCUUUACCCAGGUCAACCUCGACCAUGAGACCAAAGCCAUCACCAAGAAGAACCUGGAGCGCCCCAGCCAGUCCUGUUUCAGCCUGGCCCAGGAGAAGAUCUACGCCCUAAUGGAGAAAGACUGCUACCCUCGCUUCCUCAAGUCCACCACCUACCUGGAGAUCAGUCGGCAGGUCAAAGCCGGUUAAUACCAGUUAAGGCUGGUUAAGACUAGUUAAUGCUGGUUGAGGCUGGUUAUGGUUGGUUAAGGCCCACUGCAAGUGGCAAAUGGAACACAAAGAAGAAGUCCAUAGGAGACAAGCUGAAAAGCACACACUGGAAACCAGGUGGUCUCACUAGGGUCCUCCUCAGUGGAGGAGAGGUCCUGUGCUGGUUGGCCAGAAGUAUUGAGGGGGGACUGAAGUUGAAUACUGGACUGAACUAGAAGUCAGUCAGAAUCAAGACUGGAAAUCUUGUCCUGUGGCAUGGGAAAUAGCCUCGCUCAAUGUGAAGAUUGAGGUAUCGAGGUUUGCAAAAGGUGAACCUGUGUCUUGAAGUCAAGGACACACCAAGAGGUUCCUGUUCACGGCAUUUGAGCAGAAAGAAUAAUGAGAUGGAAAAGGACUGCUUUGCACAAUCACUGAUGGAGAAGCUGUUAUAGUCUUGUAUUAUCCAGAUUUCAUUUGUCUAUUUAUUUAUGUAUUUAUUAGCAAUGUGGUUUUGUUAUUGAAAUGUUAUUGAAAUGUUUCUACUGUGCAACUGUUCGACUUAGAUUGUGAGAUUUAUGUAUAUAUUUAUGUUGGGGUUUUUUUCUCCCAGAAUUCCUUAUGUGACAGGAAAUGAUUUGAAUAAAAUUGUAACUAU